CCCCACGUCCUGGGCACUGAGACCCCCACCCAGUGGCAACGGACCCACCCCUGGGAGUCAAGCAGGCCGUCUAGGGUUAAGAAGACCUGAGCGGACAAGAUGGCUUCAACUGGCCUUGAACUCCUGGGUAUGACCCUGGCCGUGCUGGGCUGGCUGGGCACCCUGGUGUCGUGUGCCUUGCCCCUGUGGAAGGUGACCGCCUUCAUCGGCAACAGCAUCGUGGUGGCCCAGGUGGUAUGGGAGGGUCUGUGGAUGUCCUGCGUGGUGCAGAGCACCGGCCAGAUGCAGUGCAAGGUCUACGACUCCCUGCUGGCGCUGCCCCAGGACCUGCAGGCUGCUCGCGCCCUCUGCGUCGUUGCCCUCCUGCUGGCCCUGCUCGGGCUGCUGGUGGCCAUCACAGGGGCCCAGUGCACCACGUGCGUGGAGGACGAAGGCGCCAAGGCCCGCAUCGUGCUCACCGCGGGGGUCCUCCUUCUCCUCUCCGGCAUCCUGGUGCUCAUCCCCGUCUGCUGGACCGCACACGCCGUCAUCCAGGACUUCUACAACCCCCUGGUGGCGGAGGCCCUCAAGCGGGAGCUCGGGGCCUCCCUCUACCUGGGCUGGGCCGCUGCUGCCCUGCUCAUGCUUGGGGGGGGCCUCCUCUGCUGCACGUGCCCUCCACCCCAGAUUGAGCGGCCAAGAGGACCAAGGCUGGGUUACUCCAUCCCCUCCCGCUCAGGGGCUUCUGGACUGGACAAGAGGGACUAUGUAUGACGUGGAAAGUGUCCCUGGAAACCCGCAGCUCAGAGUCUUGACCUUGCCCCCACUGCCAACACCUCCCGAGGCAAAACCCCUUUCCCAGAAGCUCCAAUCAGGGCUGGCUAUGGAGUGGGGUCCCUACGGGUCCUUCUCCUACCUUGCCCUCUAGGCAGAGCCAGAACUGACAGGGUGUGCCCCUCUGCCCCCCCAACCUCCCCACUCUGCUCCCCCUGGACGAACUGCUCACUUCUUUGAUCCACAGCUUAGGCUGGCCAUCCUCUUCCUCUGAGGCUACCCCUGGCCUAGGAAUUCGAGCUUCACCCAAAGGGCAGAAGGUCCUUGGCUCCAAAAUAAGGAGGGGAUCCCUGCCUGGGGUGGGUCCUCCCCAGCCUGGCCACCACCUGAAUCCAGAGGUCCAGGCCAGGAGCCCCAGCCAAUCACCCCACCCUCUAUGCCCACCUGCCAGUGGGAAAUAAACAAGAGAAUUUGUA